GGAGCCCAUUCAUCCCAAAGAUGACUCAACCACAAGUAAUACACGUACCACGCUCUCGGCAGGCCAUCAAGCAACAGUCUGCUAGCCUUAUUGCAACACUCCUCGUCCUCGUUGGUGUCGCUGUCGCGUUAUUGCCUCUAGGGCCGUCCAACGCGCCCCUAGGGCAGCAAUUCGUGACGGGUGCGAUGAGGUUGGCAUUUAAGACCGCUGUUCCGGCACAAAGGGGCUCGCAUGUCUCGCGGCCCUCAACUUUAGCGUUUCCGGGGCCACGCCUAGCUGCAGCAGCGCCUGUGCAGUCGGCAGCUGCGCCAUCAUGCUCCAGCUCUGGAGACACCUGCAGCCUAGGCGGGGGGGCCAGCUCCUUCGCUGGGAGUCUGGCACCAUCCGGACAGGCGACGAAACGACGCGCGACCCCGCUCGCCGCAGCACCAGAGUCAGCGGUCAAGACUACUGGUGCCGUAGACAAGCACUGGUGGAACCGCGAGAAGGAUGUGUGGGUUGAAGUGCAUACGGAAGAGGACUUCCGGCGAGAGGUUAGCACGGGCAGCAAGCUCGUGGCGGUAGACUUCUUCGCAACAUGGUGCCACGGCUGCGAGAAGUCGUACCCGGAGAUUUGCCGCGUGGUGAAGGACGCCGAGCUGCAGAAGAAGUACAAGUUCGUCAAGGUGUGUGUGGACGAGCUCAAGUCCAUCGCCAAGUCCGAGGGCAUCACGGGCCUGCCGCGCAUGGCCGUGUACCAGCCCGGCGCAGGCCAGCUGGCGCUGCUGGACGUGCCCUUCUCCAAGGUCAAGUUCCUGAAGACCAACCUCAACGUGAUCGCGGGCAACCCCGGCAUGGCCUUUGGCGUGGACCCCAACGGGUUCGUGGUGCCCAAGGGCAAGCUGCCCUCUGCGGGCGAGGCGGCCUCUGCGGCGGAGAAGAAGAGGCGCGAGAUCGAGGCGCUCAACAGCGGCACCGGCGGCCUGUUCGAGCGGCUGCUCAAGGUGGCCGGCGGCGGUGGUGGCGGCGGCAACAAGGCGGCGGACGAUAAGGCGGCGGCAGCGGCGGUGGCGGCGGAGCCGCACAGCACCAGCACCAGCACUGGCAGCAGCACCAGCGCCAAUGGCGCGCACGCCAGCAGCAUGGCGAGUGCGGGGCGGGGGUCCGGCGCGGCGGCGGCCCAGGCGGCUGCUGGGCUGGUGCGGGCGGCUGGGUCGUGCCGGGCGCCUCCGGGUGUGGACGCGGCGGCGUACGAGGCCGCGCGGAGUGCGUUCCUGGCGGCGCACUCGGCCGAGUACGGCUACGGCGGCGUCAUUGACGACUUGUACCCGCAGGAGGUGGGCUGCCGCAUGCAGCCCAACGAGCACUACAUGGACUACACCGGCAGCUCGGUGUACUGCCAGACGCAGCUGGACAACGUGUUUGCGGAGCUCAAGCAGUGCAUGUUCGGCAACCCGCACUCGGCCAACCCCUCCUCCACCUUCACCAGCGAGCGGGUGGAGGAGGUGCGCGACAUGGUGCUGCGCUUCUUCAACGCCAGCCCCGCCGAGUACCAGGUGGUGUUCACCAAGUCCGCCACGGACGGCCUCAAGCUGGUGGGCGAGACCUUCCCCUGGUCGCAGGGCAGCAUGUUCAGGUACCUGCGCGAGAACCACAACUCGGUGCUGGGCGUGAGGGAGUACGCGCUGCAGGGCGGCGGAGCCUUCCAGGCUGUGAACGAGACGUUUGUGGACCGCUGGGCGCUGCGCGGCGACCCCUCCGGCGACCACGUGCCGCCCGCGCCGCGCCUGCCCGCGCCGCUCACCUACAGCCUGUUCGCCUUCCCCGCGGAGGACAACUUCGCGGGUGUCAAGUACCCUCUGGAGUGGGUGCGGGCGGUGCAGUCGCGCUCCACCGACAGCCACCGCUGGCUGGUGAUGGUGGACGCGGCGGCGUACGUGCCCACACAGCCGCUGGACCUCAGCCAGGUGAUGUUUGGCUUCCCCACGGGUGUGGGCGCGCUCAUCGUCAGGACCAGUGUGGCGCCGCUCAUGCGCAAGGUGUUCUGGGGCGGCGGCACCGUGGCGCUGGCCACCAGCGAGGACAACUUCCACGUGCUCAAGUGCAAGCCCAGCGACCGCCUGGAGGACGGCACCGUGGCCUUCCUGGACGUCAUCGCCGUCAAGCACGGCAUCGCCAUGAUGAACGGCCUGGGCGGCAUCACCCGGGUGCAGGCUCACGUGGCCAGCCUGACCGAGUGGCUGUACAGCCGCCUGUCCGGCAUGCGCCACUCCAACGGGUCGCGCAUGCUGGCCAUAUUCGGCAAGCACCACCUGCCCAACCACCGCGCGGUGCAGGGCGGCAUCCUCAACUUCGAGCUGCUGCGGCCCGACGGCUCCAUCUUGUCGUACAAGACGUUCGAGCGCGAGGCCGCCACGGCGGGAUUCCACGUGCGCACGGGCGCCGAGUGCAACCCGGGCGCCUGCUACAACUACCUGGGCGUGAAGGAGGCGGAGGUGGAGAGCCUGGCGGGCAAGAAGGAGGGCUGCGAGGACGACGUGGAGUUCAUCACCGUGCAGCGGCCCGUGACGGCCAGCCAGGAGGACUGCGUGAGCAGCUCUGACCUGCUGCGCUCCAUCGCCAACUCCAACCUCAGCCUGAACCACCCCGCCGCCGUGGCGCUCAAGUGGAUGGAAGUGCCGCUGGGCAGCGUGCGCGUGUCGCUGGGCUGGUGGUCCACCUUCGACGACGUGUACGCGCUGGGCGACUGGAUCGAGCGCACCUACCGCGACCGCACCGAGUAAGGGCGCCUCGGGAGAGGGCGGGCGCGUGUGGGCAGCUGUUGCCGCUCCAGCGUUCGCAGCUCGCCUGAAACGGCGCAAGGACGAGGAGGGCAGGAGAGCGGCAGUGCAAAGCCGAGGGAGCGGCGCAAAAGGAAGCGAGCUGCGGGCGCGCUCCGGUCGCAAUCAGGAACUGUGAUAGGCGGAGUGCACGAGACGAUGUGUGAACGAGACCGAUGCGAACAUGGGGGAAAGGGCAUAUAUACUGAACAGGGCUUGCGACAAUUGCCGACUGUCGUGUGGGCGCGUGUGCGGCGCUGGUGAAGCAACAGGAGUAUUGCAUGGCAGCGCAGAACAGUGUUUUGGACACACGGACUUGACUUGCAGGCAACGGUGCGGGGGGGGGGGGGGGAGGGUACCAAACAGACAGGGUGUACGCACGUAAAGCAGGACGCAGCGAAUUGCUGUGGGAGUGCAUUUGUGGGUGGGAUCCCGGUACUUCCAGUGGGGGGUACAGCAGCAUCCAGUGAUUUCCUGGUGAUUGUGGGCGCUGAGGCAAAUAAAUUAUUCGCGUACAUCCGAGGCGUGCUGGGCUGGUGGCCUGUGAUAAUCAGAGCGCCAAUGGGUGAGGAUGUGUGAUGGGACAGUGGCAAGGCAGGUUGGUAAGGUCCCUUAGGGCGCAGCUAAUUCCCAUACCCAACAAAUGGCAAACAGUUGGCAGAGGCAGGGCAAGAGUGCGCGGCUGGUGUAACGCCGGAGUUACUGUACCGACGAGUUGCUGGCUGGCUGGAAGUUUGCUGACGCGCAUUCCUCACGCUCCGGGCGCCCGGCCAGGCGAUAGCACCACACAGACACACCGCAACGCCACACUCGCGAGGCAGAGCCGCAUCGCACCUGCAGGAAGGUGACCAGCGUCCACGGAUGAGCACGAAAGGCAGCCGCAGAGAAAAUGCAAACGGAGUGCAGCAAAGCAAUGGCCGGGCGACAGUGUGACAAGCAGGGGCGUAAACAGGGCGAGGCAAUAGGCAGAAGAGGGCGCCCGAAUGUACGGAUGAGUGGCGGGCGAGUCGAAUGCAAUUGCGAGACGAACACAACCGGAGUGUGAGGAAGCGCCGCGGGUUGGAAUUGGGAAUGCCGUGGCUGAUGUUCGGGGCAGAGCUGUGUCGCGCGCCCUAAGGACCGAGUGCGGUUAGCGGAAGGUUUGCUGUCGUCGCGCGCUGGAGCUGGUGCUGGCGUGUCACGUAUUUAGUAGACAGAUAUAAAACUCGCAGAAUGGCGCAUGUAGAGCUGACCGUCGAGGCGGUGGGCGCAACUGGCGAGUGGCAAGUCGGACGGGCGCGGUCAGUAGCAGCUGUCAGUAGCAGCUGUCUUGGCUGUGGGUGGUACGCACGCGAAUGAGAGUCC